CUGCAUUUCUUUCUUUUUGGGGAGGAGUAGACAUCAUCUUUCUUUCCCUCUCCCUCUUUCCUGCACUCUGUGGCAGUAUCUCAAAUUUGUGGCCAUAAAAAGUUGUGUUCAGUCUUACUUAUUCCAAGAUGUAGAAAAAUGAUCAAGGCUUGGAUAGUUGGCUCAGCGGGUAAGAACACUUACUGUACAAAGUCUGAGCCAAUGGUAAAGAGAGAAUCAACUCUUAGAAGUUGUCCUCUGGAUUAUACACACACACACACACACACACACACACACACACACACACACACACACACACACGUAUACACAUGUACAAAUACACCAAUAGUUUUAUGUAGCCCAGACUGACUUUGAACUCAAUAUGUAGCUGAGGCUGACCUUUAACUCCUGGUACUCCUGUUUCUCCUUCCAUAUUGCUGGGAUUGAAGGCAUAUGCGACCAUGCCCAGUUUGUCUGCCUUUUUGAUUACAGCCAUCCUCAUGCUUGUGAAGUGGAAUCCUGUUGUGGUUUUAAUUUAUAAUUCUCUGGUUGCUGAAGACGUUGAACAUCUUUUCAUAUGCUUAUUGGAUCUGUGCAUAUUGUCUUUGGAGAAAUGUCUAUUUACUUUCUUUUAGUUGUCACAUUAUUGAGUUGUGGGGUUUUUUUUACAAGUCCUUUAUCAUAGAUACAUGAUUUGCAAAUAUGUAAAUAUUUUCAUCUCACUCUAUGAGUUGUUUUUAUGUUGUUGUUUUUGGCUCAGUUUUAUUUUUUUAUUUUAUUUUGAGAUGAAAUAUUAUUAUGUUGCCCAGGUCUUGAACUCCUGAGCUCAAAUGAUCCAUUCACCUUGCCUCAGCUCUCAAGGACUAUGAUUCUAGACAUGUACCACCAUACCAAAGCUUUCAUUUCUUUCUGUCUUCAUCCUUUCCCUCCCCCGUUCCCCCCCUUGUUCAUGUGGAUGGGCAUAAGUAAAAAUUUAGAAAUCUGAGCUAUCAAGUGGUCAAUAGGCAAUCAUAACAUCUUUGUGGGAAUUCAAACGUAUACAAUCAUUAUGGCAAAUUAUUUGGAGGUCUGUACAAGGUCAGGGAAUUGUAGAGAGAGAUAGAAAAAAUAUGUUUCAAUUCAUGAUUCAGGAUGCGGACAUUUUAUGUGAUGACAAGGUACAAGGUAUAACCUUGCAAUUAGUUUGCUUAAGUGGAGAGUAGGUGUUCUUUGACGAUAAUGAAGUAAAUCUGUUUAGAUGCAAUCAGGUUGAAGACACCUUAUAGUCAUUUGAAAAGUAAAAGUUUAGCAUAAAGAGCGAGCAGCCAGAGAGCUGGAGGAGACGGUUCAGUGGCUAGAAUGCUUGCUCUGUAAGCAUGAUGGCCUUAGCUCGAUCCCCAGAACCCACAUAAAAGCUGGGCCUGGUGCUGGGUCUUUUGCUGUUGUCAGUUUUGUUCUUUCUUUCUUUCUUUCUUUCUUUCUUUCUUUCUUUCUUUCUUUCUUUUUUCUUUCUUUCUUUCUUUCUUUGUUUUUGUCAACUUGGCAUAAACUAGAGUCACCUGGGAAGAGGGAACCUCAACUGAGAAAUUGCCUCCAUCACAUUGGUCUGUGGGCCUGUCUGUUGGGGGCACUUUCUGCGUUAAUGAGUGAAUGUGGGAAGGUAGGCUUGGGUUGUAUAAGAAAGCAAACUGAGCAAUGCAUUAGAAGCAAGCUAGGAAGUAGUGUUCCUCUAUGGUCUUUGCUACAGUUCCUGCCCUGGCUUGCCUUUAUGAUGGACUCAAAUCUGUACUAUUUAAUAAACCUUUUCAUCCUGACUUGGUUUUGGUCAUGGCUUUAUCACAGCAGCAGAGAGGCAAACUGCGAGAGUCUGUAACCCUAGCUCCUGGAGACUGGAGACACAUAGGUUCUGGGUUUCUAGUUAGCUGGUUUGGUCAAAACGAGGGGCUCUAGGUUCAGUAAAAGCCUUUGUCUCAAAAAUUAAUGUGGGGAGCAAUAGAGAUUGCUAUCUGAAGUCAAACUCUGGCCUCCACAAGUCUCUGUGUAACUCUGUGUACCUGCCCACAGACCUGCACAGGUAUGCAUACCACACAUACAAAGAAUUAGCAGCCAGGUGUGGUGCAUACCUACUGCAAUCUCAGGACUUGGGAGGUAGAAUUCAAGUCCAGCCUGACUACAUGAGAUCUUAUCUCAAAGAGGAACAAAUAAUGGUAGGUAUGGUGGCUAGCCCCUAGAAUCCCAGUAGAGAACUCUAUCUCAAAGAGGAACAAAUAAUGGUAGGUAUGGUGGCUAGCCCCUAGAAUCCCAGUACUGAGAACUCAGGUCCAAAUGCUUGUACAGCAAACACUUUGCCCACUGCGCCAUCUCCUCAGCCCCUCUGGCUUCUCAUUCUUUUUUUUUUUUCCAAGACAGGGUUUCUCUGUGUAGCUUUGCGCCUUUCCUGGAGCUCACUCUGUGGUCCAGGCUGGCCUUGAACUCAGAGAGAUCCACCUGCCUCUGCCUUCCAAGUGAUAGGAUUAAAGGCGUGCGCCACCAUGCCUGGUUUGGGCUGCUAAUUUGUAUGUGAAACUUUUCCUUUUCAAAUUACUGUAAGGUUUCUACAUCCUUAUUGAGAUUAAGCUGAUUCACUUUGCAAGUUUGAGGCUAAUGUAGGCUACAAAUUUAAGAAGCCAACAGCAAUGGAUUAGAGAAUGGGGGUGUUGAAGGAUUCGCUGGAAGUAAAAUUCAUAUAGUGUACAGAAGAAGUAAAGGGAACUCUUGAAAGAAUGUACAACUAGCAGAUUAAUAUAGAAUAGUAGGUAUGAUAAAGAUAAUGUGCCACAUCCAAUGCCCCAGGACUGUGAUAACCUCCUCUCAACCCAUAGCUGAGCCCCAGGCCUUGUUAGAGAUCUUGAACUACAGAGUCAGUGGAAUUUGGUGGACAUAUGUGGUCUGUAACCUCCUGAAAAUAUGCUCUUCUGUGGUGCUUCUUCACCAUGGGAGGUGUCUCACCAGAGACACUUGGCUACACUCAAGGGGCAACCACUCAAGGGGCAAGUCAAGGAAAACUGCUCCCCUCCAUGCAGCAGAGAAGCCAGAGCUGCAGAAGGUGAGUGUGAAGAAGGCUGGGGGCCCAGUCUGUGGAGUGAGGAAACAGGAAGUAAAAACCCUUCUUUCUGUACUAUUUCUCCUUCAUCCCUCAGUGAUAAACCUUAACACCGUGCCAGCUGGCAAAACAGAAAGUAUUUUAAAAUCCCAGCUCCAUUUGCAAAGAGAGCAGGCAGAAAGGCAAUCUGAGAGGUACUACAGCAAUCCCGGGCAGAGGCAGUCUGCGAACUGAGGAACUUGGUGGACAUGGUGUUGGCUUGUUCCUGUGGAUAUUGAAACCAAGCAGCUAUUGCCAGGGCCUGGCAUGGAGUAGAAGCUCAGAAGUGUAACCUGGGUCUGCCCGCAUCUGAGGCAAGUGGAGGACUCUACUGCAGGUCUUCUGAACUAGAAUAUCUGGGCCUAGUUCCACCAGAUCUUUGUUUUAACUGCCCCAACAGUUUGUGGUUAAAAUGAUAAAUAUUUCCAAUGCAUAAAAGUAAAGAAAAUGGUCCCAGUUUUCCCAUCAGCCAGCUUUAAUGUAUGCUCACAUAUGCCUCAUUUCCUUUAGGUCUUUUUAUUUCUAACAAAAUGCUACCUAUUUCAACUCAAAUCCUACCCUCAUUCCUUUUUCUCUCUUGCAACCAGGAGGUUAUCAUCAUGCACAUUCUUGUUUGUCAAUCACUGCUUUAGGCCUUUGAAGGGUUUUAUCUUUUUUUUUUUUUGUAAAGGGUUUCAUAUAACCCAUGCUGGCCUCAAACUCGCUAUGCAGGCAAGAAUGACCCUGCGUUCCUGAUCUUCUCGCCUCUACCUCCCGAGUGUUGGAAUCACAAGCAUGAACCAUCAUGUGCCGCUCCUUUGAAGAUUUUUUUGUUUUUGUAAAGCAGGAUGUCACCAGAAGCAUCAGAACAAAACUAGCUAACUGGGGUCUUCUGGAGUAUUCAUUAGGAUGGGAGGAGGUAGGCAAACCUUUCAGCAGGUAGAUUCAGUGAGGCAGAGGGUGUGAUGCUAGAUUUUUGGUUUUUGUCCUCGUGCCCUUCUGGGAAGCCUGUUCUGCUCUUGUGACCUUCAGUAUCUGCCCUCACCUUAUUUCCAAGCGCAUCCAUCAUCUCCUUUCUUGUCUUUACCUGCUUCCCAAGCCAGCCUGGGCUCUAUGGUGAGUCACUUCAGGUAGAAGCUUGCCCACCCUGACAUUAUCCUGUAACAAAUCUAACUUUGAAAUCUCAAUGUUAACAACUGUUUCUUUUACCUUGGUGGAUGCUGGCUUGUGGCACUCUCAGCCUUUCCUUUAUUACUUACAGUAAUUUACUAUAGCUAAAUGUCUAAACUGAGGUAGGAAGCUGGGAGCAAUGGGACACAUUUAUCCUCCACUGAAGAGACUGGGACAGGAAGAGUACCAUGAGUUUGAAGCCUGCUUGGUUUUCAUUAUUGAGUUCCAGGAUAACAGGGCUAUACAGUGAAACCAUGUCUCAACAAAACAAAAAUCAAAACAAGGCAGAUCCCUAUCCAGGUGACACUGGACAAGAGCCUAUUUUGGGCUAAACUAUAUUCCUGAAAUGACUCAGGCUUUGCUCAUCAUCCUCAAAUGUAAGUAGUACCUCAGUAAUACUGCCAGCUUAUGUUUGCCCGUGGAGUAAAAUUCACCUGAGCAAUUGUGACGCUAUCCAAAUGACAUACAAAACUGUGUUUAAAUAGGUCAGUUGAGGAAAUAAAUUUAUCAACAAAUGGGUUCUGUUUAUUUCCAUUACAUAGAUUUGGCCAUGGGUCAAAUCCAAUUAAAAUUUUGAUUGACUAUAUUUAUUUUACUUAUAAGUACAACAAGCUAAAAACACAGAGGUAAAAUCUUCAUUAUAGAACUAUGGAUAGACCCAACAUCAUCACUGAAUCUCAAAAUGUUUGUGUUAAGAAACUACACAAAGCCAAGUACUGAGUCAGGUAAGCGUAGGGAAUGACUUAGAAACGUGAGACUCUACUUGGCUUGGGCUGUGUGCACCUCCCUUUGCUAACAAUGCAUCUAGCAACAUGUUGGCAACCCGAGACCCGCCACCUGCUUUAGGCUUCACAUAUUUCUGCUUGAAACAAUGGAAAUGUGUCAGUCUCUUUAAAAACAUUUGGCUAAUGUCUGACAAUCAGGUGCCCUUGAGUAUCUUCCAUCCUUUGGCUGCUCUCAACCUUGAUAGUGUUUCUUUUGCUCUGUACUGUUGCUUCACUUUGAAUAAAGUUUCCUUGCUACUUUCACAAUAUAAGUGAGCCUUUAUUUCAGUUAUUUGAUUGAGAAACCAAGAACCUGGAAACACCUGGUCCAGAUUAUGACCACCAGUAACACUACCAUAUUAUAUAAUUCCCUUUAUGCAAGAUCCUUGAAAAAUACAAACUAACAUAAAGGGAUUGAAAGCAGAUGGGCAGUUGCCUGUGAUGUACAGAAAGGGUAGGAAAGAAGGAGUUGAAAAGGCACAUGCACACUUUUCCGACUGAGAGGAAAAGUUCAUCUAGAGCAGUGGUUCUCAACCUUCCUAAUGCUGCCACCCUUUAAAAUAGUUCUUCAUGUUGUGGUGAUCCUCAACCAUAAAAUUAUUUUCAUUGCUACUUCAUAACUGUAAUGUUGCUACUGUUAUGAAUUGUAACAUAAAUAUCUGUUAUUUAGGAUACAUAAUAUUCAACCCCUGUGAAAGGGUCGAUCAACCCCCAGAGGGGUUGUGACUCACAGGUUGAGAACCACUGAUCUAGAUUGUGUGAGAUUAUGACCAAAUAGCCCGAGAAUGUCAAAAUUCUUAAGUUGGCCUGGGGAUAUAGCUCACUUGGUAGAGUGCUUGUCUAGCACGUACAAAGUCCUAGGAUUAAUCCCAAGCACGUCAUAAACUGGGUGUAGUGCUGCAUGCUAUAAUCCCAGCACUUGGGAGAUGGAGGCAGAAGGAUCAGGAGUUCAAAUCCAGCCUCGGCUUCAUGGAACUGUCCCAAUCACUAUCACCAUCAAAAAGCAGGAGGAGGGGGUGACAAGAAAAGAGUUGUGAGACUUAGCAGCAAACAGCUGUAAUUAACUGGAUGUCUCCCAUAUGUAAGGAGAGAUACUGAUGGCAAAUGCCCUGCAUUUGCCAACAUAGAGCUACGCAAUUCAAUUCUGCCUUAAAGUUUCUCUAUAGUAUGACUAUUUUACCUGGUGCAGAAAAUGUUUGAGAAUAACAGACCCCUCUUGCUCAUACUACAGAGAAAUUUAUGAUAAGGCAAAGUUUAAUAGUUCUUCUGGAUUCAUGACUGGGGCUUGUUUUCAGGUCACCAUUUUAAAUGCAGAGUGUUUGUUGAUGGAGAAAAGUGAAUUUUUCAGUCUCUAGUGUAGACAGAGAGGACAAGUGCUCUUUUGUUCUCAAGUGCUCUGUCUCCAAGCAUAUUUCCCUCAUUUUGUCUGACUGUGUCUGAGUCUUUGCUAAGGGUACUGCAGCUGGACUGUGGAGUGGAACCAGGUCCAGAAAAAGAAUUGCUAAAGAAUGCAAGUAAACAGGAUGGCAGAUGUUAUCCUUAGCCUAUUUCCCUAAACAUAGCUUUUUGGCUACAAAGUAAAAUGCCAUUCUUCCAGCUUCUGCUUAUAUGCAGUCAUGGCUGACAGCAGGGACAAUCUUCCUCUGCUUGGCAAGUUGUCACCGUGUGACUUCACGUGUUUUGUAAGGAAGAAAUGAUCGUGACACACAAAAUCUCUGUGAGAUUGUCUGAGGACAUCUGGCCAUUUCUGGGAGGAAUUGUCUCAACCCACCUAAGUCUCUGAGCUCUGUUUGACCAGCACAGCUCCCCAUGAGGCUCAGAGCUGUCUGACCUAAGAGGCAGUUGGCAUCUUCCUCCUGACAGAAGCCAGAUUUUUCACUGGGGCUAGACUGUAUCGACCGUGUUUUCCCAGUCUGCCCCAUGCGUGUCUCAUUUCCAAGGUCCUCUGAAGUGCUGGCUCACUCCCGGCUCCACGAGCCCUUGCUUACUUUCUGCCUCCCCAGCAUCCUCUUCACUUCCUUCCCUACAGCUUCUUGCACUGUGGUGUGUGUUCCUCCCUUUAAAAAAAAAAACAAAACAAAACUAAUGAAUGUGUUUUGCAGGUUUCGAAAAAAUCCCCGUAAUGUUAUCCCAGAAGUCUGUCCACUCCUUAUCAUCCCUUCCAUAUCUCUGAGUAUGAUCUCUGUGGUUUAGAAAUCCCGCGUUCCACUGUUGUUAAAGAAAAGUUGCCUUAAACCUUUGCCCUGCAAGCACCAGAAGAGAGCUCAUAAAAAGGAAGACAGCAGCAGAUGCAAUCACGGAUGUGGCUUAGUCCUCGCAGCUGCCCCGGAGAGCUGUUCAGAGUGUACGAGCCUCAAUCAUGAAUCCCGAAGAACGCGUUGUGACAUGGCUUAUAGCUUUGGGAGUUUUAGAGUCUCCCAAAAAGACCAUCUGUGAUCCAGAGGAGUUCUUGAAGUCCUCGCUGAAAAAUGGGGUAGUGUUGUGCAAACUCAUCAACAGACUUCUGCCUGGUUCGGUGGAGAAGUAUUGUCUGGAGCCCCAAACUGAGGCCGACUGCAUCGACAACAUCAAUGACUUCCUGAAAGGAUGUGCAACCCUUCAAGUGGAAGUAUUUGAGCCUGAUGACCUUUAUUCAGGGAUCAAUUUCUCCAAGGUUCUGAGUACUCUUUUAGCUGUCAACAAAGCAACAGAAGAUCAGCUAUCAGAAAGACCAUGUGGACGGUCCUCUUCUCUUAGCACUACCAACGGCUCUCCGACAACCCCCCAGGCAGCAGUUCCCAGCACAACUCCAGCGCAGCAAAGCCAGGCAAAGGCUGUGGAGAUGACGGAAAAUGGAAGUCACCAGUUGAUAGUAAAGGCAAGAUUCAACUUCAAGCAGACUAAUGAAGAUGAAUUGUCAGUUUGUAAAGGGGACAUCAUUUAUGUCACUCGAGUUGAAGAAGGAGGCUGGUGGGAAGGCACACUGAAUGGGAGAACAGGAUGGUUCCCUAGUAAUUAUGUCCGAGAAAUUAAACCAAGUGAGAGACCUCUGUCCCCUAAAGCUGUCAAAGGAUUUGACACUGCUCCGCUUACCAAGAAUUACUACACUGUGGUGUUACAGAACAUCUUGGACACUGAAAAGGAAUAUGCCAAAGAACUUCAGUCUCUUCUCGUUACUUAUCUAAGACCCUUGCAGUCUAAUAACAACCUUAGUACUGUGGAGUUUACAUGUUUAUUGGGAAACUUUGAAGAAGUAUGCACAUUUCAACAGACACUCUGCCAAGCCUUGGAAGAAUGUUCAAAGUUUCCAGAAAACCAGCACAAAGUAGGAGGCUGUCUACUGAACCUCAUGCCUCAUUUUAAAUCAAUGUACCUGGCUUACUGUGCAAAUCAUCCUUCAGCUGUCAACGUGCUCACCCAGCACAGUGAUGAUCUAGAACGAUUCAUGGAAAACCAAGGUGCAUCCAGCCCAGGUAUCCUCAUUUUAACAACAAGCCUCAGCAAACCAUUCAUGCGACUGGAAAAGUAUGUUACUCUUUUGCAAGAGCUGGAGCGACAUAUGGAGGACACCCAUCCGGAUCAUCAGGACAUUCUGAAAGCAAUCAUAGCAUUCAAAACCCUCAUGGGGCAGUGCCAAGAUCUGAGAAAGAGAAAACAACUGGAAUUGCAGAUCCUUUCAGAACCUAUUCAGGCAUGGGAAGGAGAUGAUAUUAAGACCCUGGGAAAUGUCAUCUUUAUGUCACAAGUAAUGGUGCAGUAUGGAACCUGUGAGGAAAAAGAAGAACGAUAUUUCAUGCUGUUUUCAAAUGUCUUGAUAAUGUUGUCUGCAAGUCCUCGGAUGAGUGGCUUUAUCUAUCAGGGAAAAAUACCACUAGCAGGGAUGGUGGUGGCUAGAUUAGAUGAAAUUGAAGGGAAUGAGUACGCAUUUGAAAUCACAGGUAAUGUGGUAGAGAGAACUGUGGUCUAUUGCAACAAUAGCCAGGACUUCCAGGAAUGGCUGGAGCAGCUGAACAGACUGACCAGAGGACCAGCCUCUUGCAGUUCAUUAUCUAAGACCUCAUCAUCAUCAUGUAGUGCUCAUUCUUCUUUUAGCUCUACUGGACAGCCCCGAGGACCCUUGGAGCCUCCUCAAAUUAUAAAACCGUGGAGUUUAAGUUGCCUACGACCUGCACCUCCACUUAGACCAUCAGCAGCACUAGGUUAUAAAGAGAGGAUGUCUUAUAUCUUAAAGGAAUCUAGUAAGAGCCCCAAAACAAUGAAGAAGUUUCUUCACAAAAGAAAGACGGAGAGAAAAGCAUCUGAGGAAGAAUACGUGAUUAGGAAAAGUACAGCUGCUCUGGAAGAGGAUGCUCAGAUUCUUAAGGUGAUCGAAGCCUACUGCACCAGCGCCAGUUUUCAACAAGGUACUCGGAAGGAUUCCGUUCCACAAGUUCUACUCCCUGAGGAAGAGAAACUCAUUAUUGAAGAAACCAGAAGUAACGGGCAGACCAUCAUUGAAGAAAAGAGCCUUGUUGAUACUGUUUAUGCCUUGAAGGAUGAGGUCAAAGAACUGAAGCAGGAGAAUAAGAGAAUGAAGCAAUGCCUGGAAGAAGAAUUGAAGUCGAGGAAGGACCUAGAAAAACUAGUCCGGAAGCUGUUGAAGCAAACAGAUGAAUGCAUUCGAGCUGAAUCCAGCAGCAAGAGUCCAAUCCUCCCAUAACCGUCACUGUGCCGCUGAGCACAGGGCCUUCAGCACUUGCUGAGCUGGCCAGCUGAAUGAUUUGAAUGUGCACUUCAGCUUUCGCUGUGUUGGGAUCUUUCUUUCUCUCUCUCUUUCUCUCUCUCUUUCUCUCUCCUGCCCACCUCUGUUUGCUUGAGUGUUUGUUACUUGGUUAUCAAUUGAUAUUUGUCUUAACAGGGGAAACAACCUGGGGUGGUGAUAAAAUGGCCUCAAUAUUUUGCUAUUUCCAACAGCCCUUCACUACCUAAUUCGCUGAAGACAAAGCUUCUCAGGCUAUGUCUAGAGUAGGUGAAAAUGAACACCUUUGCCCAAUGAUCCAGCUGCCCUUCCCUGGACUGUCACAUGGCCCCCUCGAUCCUCUAGAAAUGAUUUCCCUGUGUUGUCUGUAAAGACCAAGAGCAGUGUCGUGCCCUGCUUCCCUUUGUGCUGGUGUCCAUUUCAAGUCAGCCGAGUCAGAACUCCAACUGUCCAUACCAGCACCAAGUCCGUCAGCAAACUGCUUCAGGCAACCCCCCCUCAGCAGCAGGGCAGAGCAGCUAUUCCUAGUGCACUGUAGCUUGACAGCCCAGCCUUCUGCCUCUAUGUGAGUUUUCUACCUCCCCCUCCCCCAUGCUUUUAACCAGCCAUAGCAAGUGGUGUGUGAACUAGUGUGGAUGUGCUUCGCUUAUUUUGUCAGUUACUACGAGCAGUGACUUUUCCUUGAAUAUUCAAACUACAGCCUUUUCAUCUGUCUAAACAACCUGGGGGACAAGAUCCCGUGCCCUACCAUACACCUUCCAUCCCAUCUUAUCAAGCUCUGGUUUGUGCAGUGAGCAAUUAGAAUCAUCAUUGGUCUCUUUGGAGUAGGCCUUGAAUAUGAUGAACCAGUUUGUAUAUCCUGAGUGAAAGGGCCCCUCCACUAGCUGUGCUGGUUUCUAGUGAUGCUGAUUGUCUGAAACUAGUUAGCACAAGUUGUUUAUAAUGUCAAACCAUUGACUUUGUAAGUAGUUGAGAAAUCUGAACUGUGAGAAAGCAGAUUUAGAAGAGAGCCCCAGGAGAACACUGUACACCUAAAUUCAACACAAGUCAAAAUGGACCAAGGCUGCAGGAUGGAGCAGCACAGCUCUUGCCUACCUCCUCAGAUGGCAGGGCAAUUGGGCCAGAUGGCAAAGUCACUUUAAAGAGAGGUAGAAAACCAACAGUCUUAUAUGUAUAUUUGAUGGGUGCCUCUAAGUGCUGUUUCAAAACCAAACUUGAGUCCUAGAAUCUUGUUGAGGAGCCCUUUUGCUUUCUGGUAUGGAAGCUCUCACAGUUUCCAUAAUUUCAUGGUACAGGGCUAUUGUCUCCUACUACAUGGAUGACAUUAUAGCACCCACAGAAAAUGGAGAAUUCCUGAAGUCCAACCCCAGACAAUUGCACAAAGCCAUCCUGGCAGCUUUAGUGAUGGUUUCUGAGAAUGGCUGUCCUGUUUCUAUGAGACAUCUUUCAUGUAAAAAUUUAAAAUAAGAAACAACAAUAGCAACCCAGACGUUCACAUGUGUCCUGCCUGUGCUUAGUCAAUAGUUUGCAAUAAAUGCAAAUUUUACACUUUAGUGAUUACCAAAUAAUUUAGUUGACUGCUUAGGACAUUGAAAGGUCUCUAAAAGGAUGUGUACAUAUGCAUGUUUGGGGACUUUGCCCUUCUGAGGAGAGGCCCUUGGUACUUGGGAUAAUGAAACUCGUGCAGUGGGCUGCCCGCGCUUACACACUAAAUAAUAUAAAGGAAAUGAAGCCAUGUUAACCCGACAGCCAUGUCUCCAUAGUUGUGUUGUUUACAGUACUCUAUAAAUGGGUUCCUGUUCCUCUGUAAUUAAACUGCUGCCCUUAGAGGCCUUUCAGUUUCUUCUCUGUCAUGCCCCUUCUUACAGGAACUCAAAUUUUCUAAACUUGUUUUUAUUUUAAAGACUUUUAAAAUGGACAUUUUCAAUAAACAAGAAUAAACAGUGCUUUAUAAAUAAGA